AUGUCAGGGAGACAGUCAUUGUACGGUCAAUCGUUAUUAAGAAACGCAAGCUCGGUAAAUCUGAUAGAGUCUCAUGAGAAACAUUGGAAACGAGAUUGGUAUACGCCGUCCAAGAGUGUUGUUCCGUCAUCAACGGUAACACCAAGUGGCACGCCAACACCAUUUGGAGAGGAGAGGGAGCUGACGCAGAGUUCCAAUGUUCAAAAGUUGCCGUUCAGUGUGAAGACGUGGGUACUAAACACGGAGUACAAACCGGUUAUAGAUGGCGAUGACAGUGAUAUACUCGAUUUUAACUCCUUCAACGUUGUCAAGUCGAAGAAGUCAUCUUCAGGAUUGACCGAUGAUGCGAUCAGGGGUGCCGUCGGGUCAGAAAGCGUACUGGCUGGCUUAUCAAAGAGUGUUGAUAGUGCGACACAAAGAGCUGUGGGUACUACAGAGGUUAAAGAAGAGAAAGAAGAAGUUCAAACUCCAUCAACUUUGGCAACUUCAAAUGCAACACCAACCCCGGCACCAGCACCAGCUGAAGAAGCCACUUCACCUACAACUGCAACUGAAACUACGACAGAUCAACACGAGGAACAGGAACCAACAGUCAUAAUCGGAAACCAGGACGCCGACGGUGAUGUUGUCAUGUAG